GUAGGACUUCCGGGCUACGCUGAACUCUGAAUCGCUCCUUUUUUUUAAGAAGCAGUGUGUUGGUUUGCUAUUUGUUUUCAUUCGACACAAGCAGUAGAAACGGCACGCCGCGAACCAAAUGUUAGUUACGUGACUUUAUUUUUCAUUUUUCUAACAUUUUCUACUUGUUUGUCCAUCGGAUCGGGAGAACUUCAAUGGAGACUCUGUCCAAAACUGCUGAGUGUACGCGGGAAACGGAGCUGCAUCCACGUAUUGUGUGUGACAACCUGUCAUUGCCCUCCUAUAAGGACUAUCCAGCUCACCGGCCAUGCACAGGCACACUUGAGCACCAGACACCAAGUGACACAUAUGACCCUUAUCGGCCUCCAUCACCCAGCAAAGGCUACCCAGAGACCAACAGUGCAGCCAUCUUGUCAGCUCUGAGGCAUCUCCAGGAGAAGAUCAGGCGGUUGGAGUUGGAGAAACAGCAUGUAGAUCUUGAUCACGCAAACAGAGGAGACGCAGCACCGCAUCCACAUGCCCACAGGACGGCACAGAAAGCGGCAGCCAGUCAGACGGAUGAAAGAAAGCCGACGAAUGAGCAGUACAAUUGCAACCAAGCGUUAGUCACCCAGCUGGCGGCCGCGGAGUCUCGCUGUGUCAACUUGGAGCGUCAGCUGGGUCACAUGAGGAAGAUGUUGCGCAACGCUAAAGGAGAGAAGAGCAGCCUGCUCAAACAGCAGGCGAGCAUGGAGGCUUUGAGGUCUGCGCACAAACAACCCGGUCCUGUCUCGGAGCAGGUCCAGCUGCAGAAAAUGGUGCGACUGGAGCAGGAAUAUCUCAGGCUGACGCGCACGCAGGGACAAGCCGAGGUGAAGAUUGACGAGCUGGAGCAGAAACUGCAGGAAGAGGAGCACCAGAGGAAGCUGCUCCAGGAUAAAGCCAAGCAGCUGCAGAUGGGUUUGGAAGCCAACAGGAUUCUUCUGCAGUCGUCGUCAUCACGUUUGACCAAAGAGAGGAAGAGCAUCUUAAAGAAGCAGUCGUCCUACUCAGACCCUCACUACAGACUCAACCUCAAAGAUGUACCUUUUGUGGCCGGAACGUCAGUAGGCGGCAGCCACUCAGUCCGAGCCAACGUGCAGUCGGUUCUGUCUCUCCUAAAGCGCCACCAGCCUCACCUGUGCAACAAUCACGUCCUCGACAACAACAGCAAGCCCUUCUGCUUGGACGCGGGAGGCCGACGCCGCUCGGACGCUUCCUCUGGCGCCGCCUCUUCCGCCAGCGGGGAGCUGUCGGAACUUCUGCAGGCCCUACAGGAGGAACUAAGACUGAUGAGUUUAGAGCAGGACGAGUUGAUGCGUCAGCUGGACCUCAGUGUUUCUCUGCAGGAAAGAAAGCAGCUCGAGAGGGAACAAGAGCAGCUGCUCCUCAAAAUGGAGCGCAAAGGAGAUCAGAUCAGUAAACUCUACAGGCAUAAAAUACAGAUGAAGAAAUUAAGAAAGGAAGCACAUACGAGGCAGGCGAGCAGGACCCCACCGACAAGAGUGAGCGCGACGGUUCCCACUAGGGGGCGUUCUGCGGGAGCAGUCAAGACAAAACCAGGGGAGAAAAGCAGGUGCAAUCUGAGGCUGCUCAAGGACAUGAAAGCCCUGCAGACUUCAUUAAGGACCUGAGAUGCUGCCAGGAAGUAAUCACAUCCACAUCCACAUGAAUCCUGCAGGUGCUACUCCCUUAAAGUGCAUAUUUAAUUUCCCUUAUCGCUACAUGUCACAUUGCAACACACAACAAAAGGAAAGCUUAAUAAUGAUGACAUCGUUUUGCUACCAGCAGAGGGCGUUACAGUUUAAACAUGUCGGUUUGAACGUCCCCAAUACAAAUAAUGGUGCUGUCUAUGUACACUCUUGCUGCGGAAACAUUAUAAUGCUUGAUAUAUUUUUAUUUUUUUAAAUUAUAAAACAUUCAUACGGUAAGGAAAUGACUGUGAAAGAUUUCUCUUUGAUAUAUACAAUAUGAUAUUGUGUCUGUGUGGUUAUCACAUGUCAACAUACAGUACAGUAUCUUCAAUAAAGAGCGAAAGCUGCAUCAAGUGCAUUAUUUACUAUUUUUUAAUGGUUUGCUAUGUCCACCUAAUGAUUUUAUAAAUAUAUAAUGUGUCAAAUUAUUAUUUUAAUGACUAAUUAACGUCUUGUAUUCCAUUAAGUACACCUGCGCAACCAAAUAGGACCAUUAUUAUAGUCAAUUUAGUGGUUCCUAUCUCGAAGCCAUUUAGGCAAAAUGGAGUGCACUACUUGGCUGCAACCAGCAGGGGCACUGAUGAGUCAUUCUCACUAUGAUGUAAGCUAUGCUUGUUAUUGUGUAGCAUUUAAUUUUAGUCAUUCAUUUUCUAUGCCGCUUGUCCUCACUAGGAUGGAAUGCUGGAGCCUAUCCCAGCUGACUUUGGGCAAGAGGCGGGAUACACCCUGGACGGGUCGCUAGCUAAUCACAGUUUUAAUUAUUAUGUGUGAAAAUAUGUAAUCAUUAUUCACAAUUAUUAAUAAUUUAUUUUUAAAAUAGACAUCUAUAUAAAACACUUUUUGUCUUUUCUGCCAUCUAAAAUUAAUUAAAAAAAACAUUAAAAUAAUCACUGCCGAUCCCCAAAGAUCACUAAAAAACAGCUCCCUAUAAUAAUGAUAAUAAUAUAACAAAGUGUCAAUCAAAAGUGAGCAUCAUUAAGGUAGAAUUGUUGUUGUCAUGUUUAUGUCAUUCUGUGAGCAUAGCUGGGCAGUAUCAACAACCGGGUCAAGCGUGACCCCUUUUAUUGCAUGUUAGUGAGAGAGAAAAGGCUGACUAAAUAAUAAAUGGACCUGCGUCAGUGACCGCAAACAUCCACAACCUGCAGGGUUCCAAAACCACUUGAGCGGAGGACAUGUGAUCCUCUCCGUAGAGGCUCCUGUGUCUCAUCAAUGUGUAACCAGACGCCAAUCUUUUUGUUCGUGUCUGUGCGCCGCUGUGAUAAAAUCGCUUUCGGAGCCUGGAAGAAGGUGACCUACAGUACAAGAAGAGGCAUUCGGACCACAAAGGUUAGAUUCAAUUCAGUCCUUGCUGAUUGGUUCUUUUUCAUGAGUCAGUCUCAAUGAUUUUGGACAGAGCUGGUCUGUUGGUGUAAAUGUCAUCCACUGGAAGAAGGAAGGUGACCGUUUUCAUCUUGGCUCUGCAGGGACAAAUGGACAGUUGCAAUUAUCUUCCAAAAGUAUAGUUAUAAAACAUGUAAAUCAUUAUUAUUGUAACUAAAAUCACAUGUAGGUCAUUUUUAAAAAGCAAUAAAAGUGUAACUAUCUAUCAAAUGCGAUAAUAAUUUGAAUUUGCUCUCAUUCAUUCUCAUCACAAUUUCUAUGCCACUUGUUGCUAGGCAGAUUUAAUAAGGGUUCAAGCAGAAGCACCUCAUCAUGAUUGGCCUGUGCAAAAAUGAGAACACUCUAGUUAGACUACAUUUAGCAA